AUGCGGUUUCGAGGCGAGAACUCAGUUGCAGAGUCUCCUAUUGACGACAUCCCGUACCCUGAGUUUCGUCAGCGCGCGCUCUCCCAACGGCAAGAUACUUUAGCUGGGGAAAUUCCCGGCGAUAUGAAAUCCCUUUAUCGGUUCUGGUCUCAUUUCUUGGCCCGGCAUUUUGAUUUGGAGAUGUUUGAGGAGUUUCGGGCAUAUGCGGUGGCAGACGCCACUGGGGGAACCAUCAACACAACUGGCCUCAAGCACUUGAUUGCAUACUAUGAAGCGGUCUUACAAGAGGACAAAGAAUACCCUCUGGACAAUCUAGAGUCUCUCUAUGGAGAAGCGAAACGGCUAGCUGCGACAGCCGAGACCCCUUGA